AUGACUCCAUGUUUGGUAAUGAAUCCUGGAAAAACUGUUACAAUAUAUGAUAUUCCAAAAAUAGUAAAUAUUGCACCUCCAAAGGCUGUAUCUCCUUUUAUAGUAGACAUAACAAGAGAAGCUCCAGGUAUAUCAAAUAAAACCUUAAAUCAGGACCCUAUCACUCCAUUAGUUUCUGAAAAUUCUAUUAUACCACCAAGGUUGACAUCAAAAAGAGGUAGGAAAAAGCGUUUAACUAUGAUUUUUACUAACUCGCCUGUCAAAGCAUGGUUAGCUAGUCAUAAAAAGACAAAAACGAAGAAAAAAAAUAAGAAGAAUCAUAAACCAUUAAUGAAUGAAAGUAAAAAAGAAAUGAUAAAGUCAAAUCUUGCUACAAAAAAAACUUCUUCAGGCUUAUAUUUAUCUGAAGAUGAAGAGUAUCUAUGCAUCUAUUGUUUUGAAUCAUUUGCUAAUAGCAGAUCAAGAGAACAGUGGAUUCAAUGUCAGGUUUGCCAAAAAUGGGCUCAUGAAGAGUGCGUACCAGGCUUACAACAGUUUAAUUUUGAAUUGUGUUCUUCAUCCAAAAAUUUAUAA